UUUUAUCAUUCUCAUGAACAUGUUCGGAUCGAGGAAUUCAUCAUUAAUUUUUCUCGUUCACUACUAUUAAAAUAAUUGUGUUAUUAUCAUAUAUAUAUAUAUAUAUAUAACAAUUAUAAUGUACUUGUGAUGAAAAUAUAAAUUAUAUAAGAAAUAAAAAAUAGCAGUUUUAUUAAUUAUUGAAUUAAUUGCUGACAAUAAAUUCCAAAUGGAUUUUAUAAACAUGGGUCUUGUGGAAAUUUUUCUCAUUAUUUUGGGACUUUGCAUUGCUCUCUAUUAUUAUAAUUCAUCAAAAUAUGAAUUUUGGAAAAAACUUGGCGUUCCAGGUCCUAAACCAACGUUUCUUUUGGGAAAUUUUAAAGAUCUUAUGCUGAGAAAAAAAUCAUUUGGCGAUUUUAUAAAACAAUUAUAUGACGAUUAUAAAAAUGAGCCAAUAAUUGGAAUUUAUGCAAGACAUACGCCAAUUUUAAUUUUAAAUGAUCCUGAUUUAAUAAAAGAUGUAUUAAUAAAAGAUUUUGCCAAUUUUACCGAUCGUGGAAUAAAAAUUUAUGAAAAAGUUGAACCCUUAGCACAAAAUUUAUUUUCCCUUGAACAUGAAAGAUGGCGUCCACUUCGUAUUAAAUUAUCGCCAACAUUUACAUCGGGAAAAUUAAAAGAAAUGUUUUAUUUAUUAUUGGAGAGUGGUGAUAAUUUGGAAAAAUAUAUGAAAAUUCUUAUUGAUAGAAAUGAACCAAUUGAAAUAAGAGAUUUAACAUCAAAAUAUACAACAAAUGUCAUUGGUGCAUGUGCAUUUGGAUUAAAUAUUAAUGUACUUUGUGAUGAGGAAAGUGAAUUUUUAAAAAUGGGUAAACAAAUAUUUACAUUAAAUAAUUGGAGACAAUUUAAAGCAACAAUAAGAGAUACUUUUCCAAAAUUAUUCAAUUUUCUCGGUCCAUUAAUGAAGGAUUGGGAAAUAAAUAAUUUUUAUAAAAAUUUAUUUAUAAAUAUGAUGAAAUAUCGAAAAGAGAAUAAUAUUGUGAGACAUGAUUUUGUUGAUUUACUUAGGGAAAUAAGAGAAAAUCCUGAAAAACUUGGAGAUUUUGAAAUAACUGAUGACAUAAUAGUGGCGCAAGCAUUUGUUUUCUUAGUUGCUGGAUUUGAAACAUCAUCAACAACCAUGAGCCACGCAUUAUAUGAAUUAGCAUUGAAUCCAUCAAUUCAAGACAAACUUCGUAAAGAAAUUCAUCAGGUUUUAAAUAAAUCCGAUGGAAUUUUAACUUAUGAAAUAGUUAAAAGUAUGAAGUACUUACAUCAAAUAUUUCAAGAAACUCUUAGAAAAUAUCCACCAGUCACGGCUCUUAUGAGAAAAUCAACGGAAAAUUAUAAAUUUUCAAAAAUCAAUGUAACAAUACCAAAAGAUAUGAUACUUUUUUUACCCAUUUAUGGUAUUCAACUUGAUUCAAAAUAUUAUCCAAAUCCAGAUAAAUUUGAUCCAGAAAGAUUUAAUGAUGAGAAUUUUAAAUCAAGACAUCCAAUGCAUUUUUUACCAUUUGGCGAUGGACCACGAAACUGUAUUGGAUCAAGAUUUGCAAUAUUUCAAACUAAAGUUGGUCUUAUCAAGAUGUUGAAAAACUUUAGAGUCGAUGUUUGUGAAAAAACACUGAUUCCUUAUGUAACCAAUGUGCAAUCAUUUCUUCUUGCACCAGAAGGAGGGAUUUAUUUAAAACUUUCAAAAGUAUCAUCCGAGAAAAUUCACAAUUCUAAAAAUGGAAAUAACGAUGGUCUACCUGGAUUACCUGGUGGGCCUGGAGGAAUAUUUUUUGGAAUCUAUGAGAAGCUUAUUGGGGGAAAAAAUUUAAUUAUUUCAAGUAAUGGUGGUAAUGGGAGCGAUGGUAAAAAUGGUAAAAAAGGAACUGGACCAUUAAAUCCACCUGGUAAUGGUGGUAAAGGUGGAAUACGUGAUGAAAAGAAUUUACUUUAUGGAAAAAGUGAUUACAAUAAAAUAGAAUAUCAUCAACCAAGAAAAGCAAUUGAAUUAAUUUUUUGUCUAAUUGUGGGAAUUAUUUUUCUACUUUAUUAUUUAUUUACAUCGAAUCAUAAUUUUUGGAAAAAUCAAGGUGUCUUGGGUCCAAAACCAUUACCAAUUUUUGGAAAUUUUAAAAGUAAAAUAUUUAAUGAAAUAUCGGAUGCUGAUUUUUUAAAAAAUUACUACGAUCAAUAUAAAAAUGAAACAAUGUUUGGACUCUAUUUUAAUAAUACACCAAUAUUAGUGUUAAAAGAUUUGGAAUUAAUAAAAGAAAUUUUAAUUAAAGAUUUUAAUAAAUUUGCUGAUCGUGGAAUGCAAGUACAUAAUAAAAUUGAGCCAUUAUCGCAAAAUUUGGUUGCACUUGAAGCAGAAAGAUGGCGGCCAUUACGUAAAAAAUUAUCACCUGUUUUCACUUCAGGUAAAUUAAAAGAAAUGUUUCAUUUACUUAUUGAAACAUCUGAACAUUUGGAACAAUAUUUAAAUAAAUUAUUAACAAAUAAUGAAUCAUUAAUUAUUGAAUGUCGUCAAUUAACGUCAAAAUUUACAAUGAAUGUAAUUGGUUCAUGUGCAUUUGGUGUUGAUAUUAAUGCACUUAAUGAUGAGAAUAAUGAAUUUGUUAAAAUGGGACGAAAAUUAUUUGCAUUUAGUUAUUGGAAAACAUUGAGAAUGAAUAUUAAAGAAUUAACACCAUGGUUAUUUAAUGCACUUGGACCAUUAAUGAAGAAAACAGAAAUGGCUGAUUUUUUUACAAAAUUUAUAACUGACACAAUGCAAUAUAGAAAGGAACAUAAUAUUGUUAGACAUGAUUUUAUUGAUUUAUUAAAGAAUCUUAAGGAAAAUCCUAAUAAAAUUGACGAAAUAGAAUUAACCGACAGUUUAAUUGCUGCUCAGGCAGUGACAUUUUUUGCAGCUGGUUUUGAAACAUCAUCAACAACAAUGAGCCAUUGUUUAUAUGAAUUGGCAUUGAAUAGUGAAAUACAAGAUCAACUUCGAAAAGAAAUUAAACAGGAAGCUGAAAAAUUAAAUGGAAAAUUCACUUACGAUGGCAUACGAAAUAUGAAAUAUUUGGACAAAGUUUUUCAAGAAACUUUAAGGAAAUAUCCACCGGGAACGAAAUUAAGAAGAAGAAGUUUGGAAAAUUAUCAAUUUUCUGGUACCAAUGUGACAAUACCAAAAAAUGGUAUGGUUUGGAUUCCUGUUUAUGCUAUUCAACGUGAUCCAAAAUAUUAUCCAAAACCAGAUGUAUUUGAUCCGGAAAGAUUUGAAAAUGAUUCUUUUAAUUCGAGACAUCCAAUGUUAUUUUUACCAUUUGGUGAAGGUCCCAGAAAUUGUAUUGGAGCAAGAUUUGCGAUGUUUCAAACAAAAAUGGGACUUAUUAAAAUAUUACAAAAUUACAAAGUUGAAGUCUGUGAUAAAACUCCUAUUCCAUAUGUUAUUAAUCUCAAAUCUCAACUUCUUGCACCAGCAUCGGGAUUAUAUUUAAAAUUUUCCAAAGUAGAAUAAAAAAAAAAUAAUUGCAAAAAUAUUUAAAUUAAAAAAAAUUGAAUUAAACACUCUAUUAAAAAUAAAUUUCAAAUUAAAUAAAAUUUAUGUAUUUUUUAAUAUAUUAUAUUUGAAUAAUAAAAAUUGUAUUACAAACAUU